AAUAGGCGAGAAAUAUUUAUAAUUUAAUAUAAUUUUAAGGAAAGCUCCAGAACGCAGCGCCGGGAUGGAUGUGAAAACGGAGCUAGUUUCAAUGGUGGAAUUGGAAGUAUGCCGUAUCUGUGUAACGGAACCUGUAGAGCAAUUUCCCAUGGACGAAGUGGUAGACUCGGAACGAUGUUUGAGCCUUAACAUGAUGUUGAAGACAUUGUUUCCCUCAACUUUCGACCCGGUAGCAAAAUCGGUGGAAGGUAUGAACUGGCCAACGAAAGCAUGCCUUUCCUGCAAGGAUAAGGUGCUGGUUGCAUACGAGCUGUAUACGCUGCUGGUUGAGAGUGAAGAAUGGCUGCAGCGAUGCAUAGAAGAACGGUCCCGCAAUGAUGUUGACACCGCGAAGUCAGAACAGGACGGUGGUUCGAGCGCAGCACAGUACGAUGUUUUGAUUGAGUAUACAUUUGAAGAUGGAAACACCUACUCAACAGAAGUAGAGCAUUUGAUCAAUGAAACAGCCCAGGAUGUACUUUCGGAAACGCUUACCGUUGAAGAACAAUCCGCGAACAGUGAAAGUUUAACCCCCGUGUCGACAAGAAGACGCAACCGAUCGCAACGGGCUGUGCCCGUGAAGAAACGGACGAGAAAUAAUAUUAAACAAGAACCUGUGGAAGAGGAAUCGGGUCCGGUUGAGGAGAAAAGUUCUGCAGCUAUUGCUAACGAUUCAAUAGCACAAUCAAAUGAUGAAGCAAGCACGGAUUUCGAAAGGCAACCAAAGGGUAGAAAAAGAAGUCGAAAACCUAAAAUCAAGCUUGAAAAAACUGCUAGCCGGAGUAAAGAGGACGAGCAGGAAGAAAAAAAAGAAACGAAUAUUAAAGCUGAAGAAGACUCGUCGGAUCAGGUGGAAGAGUUACAAUCCAAGGUAGAUCUGUACAAGUGUCAGCUGUGCGAUGGGCAUACGUAUGGUUCGCCGAUGGAACUAACCGACCACCUGAAGGCGGAGCAUCCGGAUCUGAUUCGGACUUGUGACAAGUGUCCAAAGGUGUUUAUGAGCGAACCGGCCUUCCAGCAUCACCAGUAUUGCCACGCCACCUUGCGCUCUUUCUUCUGCAUGUUCUGUGACAAGGGGUUUCAGACGGAAAAUCUCCUCAAGAGCCACACCCGAUCACACACGCACGUUGCCGAGUUUUUGUGUUCGCUGUGUGGCAAAAAGUUUAACAGUAAGAGCAAUCUUCGUCAACAUCUGGUGCGGCACACGGGUGUUAAAGCAUGGGCAUGCACCCAAUGCCCGAGUAGGUUCUGUACCAAAGGUGCAUUAAACUUACACCAGCGAACUCAUUCGAAACUAAGGCCAUUUAGUUGCGAUACUUGCGGUUCUCAAUUCCACACGAGAUACUCUCUGAUUAAGCAUCAAUUGAUUCAUACAGGCGAGCGUCCUUAUGGUUGCGAUCUGUGUCCAAUGCGGUUUGUCUCUACCUAUCAUGUAAAACGUCACAUGCUUACGCACACUGGCGAAAAACCUUUCAAAUGCACCUACUGCGAUCGUGGCUUUGCUCAAAGUAACGAUAUGGUGAAGCACAUGAAAACGCACUUAGGCGAGAAUCCGUACCAGUGUGACCGCUGUGAAGCAUCCUUUCGGCUACUUACGGAACUACGAAAUCACUACAAGGAAACGUGUCAACCGGUUGAUAAGGGGAACAUUUCCUGUCCCGAAGUGGAAAAUGGGAUUCGGUUUACCAGCACAAACAUUUUAAAGAUGCGGUAUGAAAAGGAAAUGGCACAGUGCAGUGAAAGGUACGAAGGGGAUUGUGAAAGUCGCAAAGUUAUGGCAGAAGCAACCGAAUUCCCCGCAUUUUUUGGCGAUCGUGGUUUGCUAAAUUUUUCCACGAUGGAUGCGAGAAAAGAUUGUAAUUCAACGGAUCCAAAGAACUAUUGUCGUAUAUGCGUGAUAGAAGUGAAUGAAUAUUGUUCCAUGGAUGAGUACUAUCCCUUGCAUGAAGCACUGGAAGAAAACGUUACGACAAGCUUGCAAAUUGCGCUGGAGAAGUUAUUUCCAGCUGUGUUCAACGAAGCUCAAGUGCAGCACGAUUACAGCAUGAACUGGCCGACGGUAGUCUGUCGAGAGUGUAAGCAGAAAGUCCAAGAUGCUUACGAACUGUACGAGAUCUGCCUUGAUAGCUGUAAUAAGCUUCAGAAGAAUGGUUUUGGCAAAGAGAAUUUUAUCGAAGAGGUUACAAUCCUUAAUACUGUAGUUUGUGAUGUCGAUGUACCUACGGAAGUGUUCGUUAAAUGUGAAAUAGUUCCAGAAAGUGCAGAGGAUGCACAAGAGCUACCUACCAUAUCACGACGAUCCGUAAAAACGCGCAAAACUGAGGUGAAGGAUACAGCGAGAACUAAACAAACUUCUACCAUCAUUGAACACGCGAACAUCAAGCAAGAAAUGAAUGAGGUAACAACUGAAGAGCUGAUGGACGAAAAUGAUGCAGAAUAUCUUGAAGAAAACAAUACCGAACCCGAUUGGAAACCACCUACACGUAAGAACAGAAAGUCCAGAGUCACUAAACAAAAAGUAGAAACAGUUCCACGGGAACGGAAAAAGAGAGAGAGAAAAGCAACGGCCAAGCAGAAGGACCACGAACCGGAAGAAUCACUGGAAUCCAGUACGGAAAUAUUUUGUUGCCAGUUGUGCAAUGGGCCUACAUAUGCAUCACCAAACGAGUUGACCGACCACUUAAAAGCGGAACAUUCGAGUCAGAUACGAUCCUGUGACAAGUGUCCAAAGGUUUUCGUUAGCGAGCAAACCUUCCAGCAUCAUCAGUACUGUCACGCUACGGGACGUUCGUUCUUCUGUACCUUUUGUGACAAGGGUUUCCAGACGGAGAUUCUGCUAAAGAGUCACGUUCUGUUUCAUACGCAAGACACGAAGUUUCUAUGUGCUAUAUGUGGUAAACGUUUUGCAAAUAAAGGGACUCUUCAAAUGCAUAUGCAGCUGCAUGACGAUAAAAAAUCCCACCCUUGCAGUUUAUGUCCGAGCCGUUUUAAGACAAAAACUAACUUAAGUGUUCAUAUGCGAACCCACACGAAUAACAAGAUUUACACUUGCGCGACUUGCGGUUCACAGUUUAACAAACACUAUUCGAUGGUGAAGCAUCAGAUCAUUCACACCGGAGAGCGCCCCUUUGUGUGUGAUCUAUGUCCCAUGAGGUUCGUUUCACCGUACCAUGUAAAGCGCCACAUGCUCACGCAUACGGGAGAAAAGCCUUACAAAUGCAGUUAUUGCGAUCGUAGCUUCGCACAAAGUAACGUUUUAGUGAUGCAUAUGCGAACACACUACGGCACCAAUCCAUACCAGUGUGAUCGUUGCGACGCAUCCUUCCGGUUACUAAAAGACCUUCGGAAUCAUUAUAAAGAGCAUUAUAACGAAAGCGAGAAAGGUAUUGGUCCUUCACCAGUUGUGAACGAUAAGGAUAUUCGUUUCAGAAGCACGGAUAUACUGAAAUUACGAUACCGGAAAGAGAUGAGUAAAAAACUGAGUGUAAAAGGUGAGGAAGGCGAAGAUCCGGACGCCAAUUUUCUCGGAGUGCGCAGAUUACUCGAUUAUUCAACGAUGGAUGUGGAAGAGGUUUGGCAUGCAACAGAUUUAUUAAGCUGUUGUCGCAUAUGCGUGGAGCAAAUGGAUGAAUAUUAUUCCAUGCACGAAGCGGUCGAUGAAAGCGCUACGACAAGUUUGCAGAUCGUUCUGGAGAAGUUAUUUCCAGCUGUGUUCAAUGAAGCACAAGUGCAACACGACUACAGUAUGAACUGGCCGACGGUAGUCUGUCGAGAGUGUAAGCAGAAAGUGCAAGACGCAUACGAACUGUACGAGAGCUGCCUUGAUAGCUGUAAUAAGCUUCUGAAGAAUGGUUAUGGCAAAGAGAGGAUUGACGAAGAGGAUACAAUCCUGCAUCCGGUGGUUUGCGAUGUCGGUGUACCGACGGACGAGUUUGUUGAAUGUGAACUUGUUUCCGAAUGUGCAGAGGAACCAAAAGAACUUAGCAACGUUUCCAAAAGAACGGAGAGAACGAGUAAAAACAAAUCAAAGGAAAUAGCGAGAACUAAACAAACUUCUACAAUCAUUGAACACUCAGACAUCAAGCAAGAAAUGGAAGAAAUAGUUGACGAAAAUGAUACAGAAUUGCUUGACGACAAUAUCACCGAACCUUGUUGGGAACCACCAACACGUAAGAGGCGAAAACCCAGAGCCACCAAACAGAAAGAAGAAAAGACUCCACGAGAACGGAAAAAGAGAGAGAAAAAAUCAUUGGCUAAACAAAAUGAUACGGAACGGGAAGAACCACUGGAAUCCAGUACGGAAAUAUUUCAUUGUCAACUUUGCAACGGACCUACAUAUGCAUCACCAAACGAGUUGACCGACCACUUAAAGGCGGAACAUUCGAGUCAGAUACGAUCCUGUGACAAGUGUCCAAAGGUUUUCGUUAGCGAGCAAACCUUCCAGCAUCAUCAGUACUGUCACGCUACGGGACGUUCGUUCUUCUGUACCUUUUGUGACAAGGGUUUCCAGACGGAGCUUCUGCUAAAGAGUCACAUUCGGUUUCAUACACGAGACACGAAGUUUCUAUGUGCUAUAUGUGGUAAACGCUUGGCAAAUAGUGGCAGCCUUCAAAUGCAUAUGCUACUGCAUGACGAUAACAAGUCAUAUCCUUGCAGUUUAUGUCCUUGUCGUUUCAAUACGAAAACUUGCUUAAGUGUUCAUAUGCGAACACACACAAAAAACAAGAUAUACACUUGUGCGACUUGCGGUUCACAGUUCAACAAACACUAUUCGAUGGUGAAGCAUCAAAUAAUACACACUGGAGAGCGUCCGUUUUUGUGUGAUCUAUGUCCCAGGAGGUUCGUUUCACCGUACCAUGUAAAGCGCCACAUGCUCACGCAUACGGGAGAAAAGCCUUACAAAUGCAGUUAUUGCGAUCGUAGCUUCGCGCAAAGUAACGUCUACAUGGUUAAGCGGCACAUGCGUACUCAUACGGGUGAGAAACCAUUUAAAUGCACUUACUGUGAGCGCAGCUUUGCACAGAGCAACGAUAUGCGCCACAUGCUCACGCAUACGGGAGAAAAGCCUUAUAAAUGCACCUACUGCGAUCGUAGCUUCGCGCAAAGCAACGUGUUGGUAAAACAUAUGCGUACACACAUCGGUGACAAUCCGUACCAGUGUGAUCGUUGCGACGCAUCCUUCCGGUUGCUGAAGGAUCUUCGCAACCACUUCAAAGAACACUAUGUCGAAAGCGAGAAAGGAAUUGGACCUUCGCCGGUGGUGGACGAUAAGGAUAUUCGAUUUACUAGUACAGAAAUACUGAAACUACGAUACCAAAAAGAAAUGGGUCAAAGGGACAGUUAAUGAGGCUUGUGGGAACGAUUGUUUGGUAUACGGGUGGAAAUAGCAUGUAUGUACUCUUUGGCAUGAUUAUGUACAGUCAAUACCCGAGUUACGCGGAUUUUAAGAAUUUGACAUUUGCGAUGUUCUGUAGCAAAAUGCAAUUUUUAAUUUGCAAAUUUUCAAUAAUCCCAAGACAUACGUUACAAUUUUUAUUCAAAAAAAUAAUGUUCAUGGUAAAUCAUGAAAUAACCGUAGAAAUAUCAAUUUCGAGUGAGCGUCUUAACGUGGAAAUUAUUCGAUCCUUUAAUACGACAUAUAA